AUGCUGGCUCCCGCAGUCACACUGCUGGUCGCAGUAUACGCCGCCUUCCUGAUCCUGCGCUACUUCCAGCAACUCUACCACCACCGCAAACAGGCCCGCGCCCUGCGCUGCCAGCCCGUCGCCUCGGGAAACCCCGGCUUCUUUGGCAUCCCGGCCUUCCUGCGGCUCGGCCAGGCCGUGAAGGAGAAGCGAUGGAUUGAGCACAUCACCGAGCAGUAUGGGACGUACGGCAACACGUUUACACAGGUGCUUCUCGGCAGGCGGCUGCUGUCGACGAUUGAGCCGGAGAACCUCAAGGCGAUGCUGGCGACGCAGUUCCACGAUUUCGGGCUCGGCACGAGACAUCGCGAGUUCUAUCCGUUACUUGGGGAUGGGAUUUUCACGCUGGAUGGGCCGGGUUGGUCGCAUGCGCGUGGACUCUUGCGGCCGCAGUUUACGCGCGAUCAGGUUGCGGAUCUGGAUCUUAUGGAUGGCCAUAUAUCCAGACUCAUUGAGCUGGUCCCGAAAGACGGCUCCACGUUCGACAUCCAGCGGCUGUUCUUCCUCCUGACGAUCGACUCGGCGACGCAUUUCCUGUUCGGGGAAUCCGUGGGCUCGCUGCACGGCGGCACCGACACUGGCCUCCUGGGCAAAUCCGCCGUCGGGAACGCGCAGGGCUUCGCUGAGGCGUUCAACACGGCCCAGGAAUACCUCUUGACGCGGUCCCGCGCCCUCGACUUCUACUGGAUGGUCAAUCCCAAGGAAUUCCGCGACGCUAACAAGCGCGUCCACGAGGUCGUCGACCACUACGUCCAGCUGGCGCUCGAGUCACGGCGCAACCCGGAGAAGAAGAAACAGUCUGGCGGUCGGUAUAUCUUCGCAGAGGCGCUGGCGGCCGAGAACGACAAUCCCAAGGUGCUGCGGGACAAUAUGCUCAAUAUCCUCCUAGCGGGGCGUGAUACCACUGCCAGUCUGCUCAGCUCCACGUUCUUCUACCUCGCCCGCCAUCCGAAUGUAUGGACCAAGCUUCGGCACGCCAUCGUGGAGGAGUUUGGGGAUAGCGAGAACCCCAGGAACGAAAUCACACAGACGAAGCUCAAGGAUAUCCCGUACUUGCGCUAUGUGCUAAACGAGGUCCUCCGUCUCAAUCCGCCCGUCCCGGCCAAUUUCCGCGUCGCCAACAAAGACACAAGCCUGCCCGUGGGCGGUGGCCCGGACAAGAAGUCCCCCGUCUACGUCCCCAAGGGCACAGUCGUCACAUACAGCGUGUACGCCAUGCACCGCAGAACGGAUUUAUACGGCCAAGACGCGGAUCAAUUCCGGCCGGAGCGCUGGGAAGAGAACGGUCGGCGCGGCUGGGAGUAUCUCCCCUUCAACGGCGGGCCGCGCAUCUGCCUUGGUCAACAAUAUGCGCUCACUGAGGCCAGCUAUACCGUUGUGAAAUUGCUGCAGCGGUUCGAUACGAUUGAGAACGCCGAUCCUGGGCUACUGGUGCCAAUUCAGUUGUCGAAUCUCACCAUGUCGCAUGACACGGGCGUGAAUAUCCGACUGUAUUCGUCAAAGGGAUAUAACUGA